UACAGUGCGUUGUUGAUGUGCUCUGUUUGUCAGUAAAUACUGCUAGUGUUUGUAUUGCCAGUACAGUACAACUUGCUUUCACUAUUUAGCUUUGUUGGUACAGUAUUUGUGUGUGCAGCAUCUUAGUGUGUUGUUAUUGAUGUGCUUGGUUUCAGUUAUUCAUUUAUUAGUGUAAUAUUGUGGUAUACAGUGUAAUGACCACUGAUCAAUGCAUAAUAGUUGUGGUUUGUGUAGGUGGUGCAGUGGUGGCCAGUUGUCUUGCCUGAUACAGCCUCUUCAUCCAAUGUCCAGCUAAAAGUGGGCAAGGGAAGGAUUUGCCCAGAUAUGUCAAUCAGGUACUCCUGUCAGGCUAGAAAUAUGAUGGAAGGAUGAGUGACCAACGGCUGCAGGAGGCCUGGUCCUGCUUUGCCCAGACUGAACCAGGACAUGUGGUGGAACGUCGGAACCAACUUGAUGACUUCCUGGGUCUCCUGCUGUCCUCUUCUCGGGGUGAGGCUCCCCUCUCUAACCUCCUACACUUUAGUGACUUGGGGAGUGUGGUAAGUCUCUUGGGUGGACAGUUCCUGGCUGACAUAGAGCACAUCUGCCUGGGGUCCGUGAGUUAUGACAGCGAUGCAUCAUCCAGUGCCACAUCCCGGUCUGUUGGUUCCAUUGUCAGUGAUGCCUCCAGGGCCAGCGACGGGUCAAGGGGCUGCCGGCCACGGGUCACCAGCACUGCCACCGCUGCCAGGAGUCAUCGCUUCACAUUUCCCUCUCACCUCCCUCACCUGGUUCAGGAACACCUGCUUCCUGACUCAGAUCACAUUGGUGAAAACCAGGAGCAUUCACCAGAGGCACAGCCAAGCCAGGACAAGGAUAGUAAGCCAUGGGGGUGCAACUCAGAAAAGGAAGGCAGAGAGAUUGCAGGUGAGGAAUCAACUCUCUCAGGAGCCUCAAGUCUGCAGAUGAAAGGCACAAAGAAGGAAGCUCAUAGUUCAAAUGUAACACCUACUGAGAAUGGCAAUGACUCUGGCACAGACCAUGGAGAAGAGAAUAAGUCCAACAGUCUAAGUCAAUCCCCAUGUAGUGAAGGCACAACUCAGCCUCCUCAGGACCAUGGUAAUCAAACCCCAGAACCAAAAAAAGAAGCAACUCUAGUUAGCAUCCCACAUUCACCCUCACAAGACAAGUCCAGUGGGGCAGAACAAGAGGGAGAUGACGCCCCAGAAGCAGAAAGAGACGAGUCCCUGCCUGUGCGUUGCGAGGGACAGGGAGAAGAGGUGCUGCAGUCCCCCAAGACUCAAGCUGAGGAGAACCAGGAGGCAAGCAACAGUGGGAAUGACUCAGGACAGGGGAAGGAGGCUCAGAAUGCUGCCACCCUCACUCACUACCUCCAGAAAGGCUGUGGUGCCAAGAUCCUUGUGGCUCUGGACCAGCUGGGUGUGGUGGGGUUGACUGGAGGGAGAGAAAUCAGUCACGUGCUGGCCUUUAUAUUUACAUUUAUGCUCAAGAACUCCUCACUAGACAGUUCAGCCAAGCGAGUUUCAGACAGGAUAGACAAGGGUCUCCAAGAAGCACCAUUACUCAGUGAAAAGAAGGAUCCUGAUGAUCCUGAAGCAGAGAAGAGCACCAAGAGUCACCUAUCAUUCAGAUUUGUGCCCUCUGUCAGCCUCAGCCUGGAGGACAUAUUUGCCCCUGUCAUACACUUGGCAAACUCCCGCAGCAACUCUGGGGGAAGAAGCAGCAGCCUAUCAACUCCCCAGCCCUGGAUGCAGUCAUCGGUGUCCAAGAGCAGCAGUGUAUCCAGUUGCCAGAGCUUGAAGAAGUCAGGAAAGAAGAGGAGAAAAAAAUACUCUAUGUCCGUUCCGUACGUGCAGUCAGACUCUGAGGGGGAAGAGAACCCCAAGAGGAGCCGCCUGGGGAAAGCUCUCGUCAAGUUCACCAUGAACCCCAACGACUUUGAUUACUUCACCCGGGUUGUCUACAGUGACGAUGAGAGGCGCCCUGACACUGACUCCAUUGGGAGUGUUGUUUCCCAGAAGGACAGGGUUUUCAUCAGUGAAAGCAUUCCAUCUCUGUCAAUGGUUGAACUCUUACAGUGCAUCAUAUCCAUUCAAAUACAGUUGGCAAUGCAUGAGGCAGAGCAGAAGCACCUUUCUUCUCCUCUUCUGGCAACCCAUGACAUCUUACAAUUUUCCCUUGAUACCUUCACUUCCAUGGUGUCUGAACUGAAGCAGAAGAAGGAGAAUACUGGAGACCUGCAACUUCUGUUGUCUUGGAUGCUUAAGCUUGUGUUCUCAUCAGUUCAGAGGUUUCUAAAAUCUAGUGAGUCAUUGCACAAUGUGACUGAACUUGGAAUUAUACCAAAGCUCUUGAAAUUAGUGUGUGUUUUACUGGAUCUCAAAUUUGAUGCUACCAUAAGCAGUGAUGCUCAGAGUGACAGUGCAGCUAUUAGUAAAGAUUCUGAGAGCAGUCAGUUUGAUGCAAGUAAAGAAAGUUUGGCUCUUGAGAUCAUCAUUGGCCUCCUCUUCUUGCUUCAAAGCUGCACUUGCCUCAAGCUGGAGUGGAAGGAGGUUCUAGAGUGUUUGCAUCUUCAUAUUGUGUUUCUGCAAAAUAAUGGAGCAGAAAUCAUUAAGAAAGUUGUGUUGCAUAGUAAGUCAUUAUCACUUAACAAAAGAGCUGAGAUUCUGGACUCCAUCAGUCAUUUAGUGAUGUACAUGAAGUUUUGGAGGGAGGACAUAUAUCACUCAGAGAAAUGUGAUAAGAAGAGCCACAGGUUUUGUGAAUACCGAACUGUUCAGAACCACCAUUCUCGAGUGUUUGGAAUAAAUGCAGAGAACAUCAAAACAAUACACCCUGGAAGAUGCAUGAUAUCAAAUUUUUCUGACAUUUUGCUGGACUGUUUUGCUGGCAGUAAAGAAGCUGAACUUUCUACUUGUGCAAUAAAAUCUCUGUCAAAGUGUGGCUUGUGCUGCUGUAUGAACUCCAGAGGAGUCUUGAGUAGACUGCUUGAAGAUCUUCCAGAAAGAAUACACCAUGUUGUUACUUUUGUGACCCUGUUCAUCGAAAAUGUUGUGUGGCGUGACCUGAGUGGCCUGGCCGUCACUGAGCCAGUCAAGUGCACCUUCUGUCAGAAGCUGAAGCAAUCAGACCUUGGAAGUAACCUGCUGUCUAAUGAUUAUGCUUCAGAUGAGUCAUUCAUGUCGAGUUUUGUCACUAAAAGCAAGAGCCCGUAUCACCAGUUUCAGGCUCAUGACAGAGAUGGAGCAGAAGCACAUGUACAGUAUGCUGUUUUUUGGGAAGGUCUUAGUGUUUACAUAAGACUUCUUGAAAGUACAGAAAUCAGUUCCAAGAUAAUCAAUCAUAUAGUGAGACUUGUCUGUCAGAGUAACACAGAUGUCAAGCUGGCAUUGUGUGACCACUUGGUUGUCCCGGCAUUGACACAAAUAUGCAAUGAGGGCAUAAUGAAGUACAUCAGUAGAGAAGGUCAUGAAAAGGAAAUAUUACUAAAUCUUAUAAAGUGUCUCCGACUGACAUUGGCUGAGUCAGGUGAUGGAAAACUAAUGGAAUUCCUGAAUGCAUACGGGCCGGGACUCAUUGCCGAGUGUAAGGAAAUUCAGGGCAUAAAACAUGAGACUUUUCUUCUGUUGUGUAAUACUGUCAAGAAGGAGCUGAAGAUGAGACCAAGUCUGCUGGUCAUGGGAGAAAUGGAUGAGGAAAGUGAAAUGGCCUUUGCCAAAUUAUUUGAAUGGGAAGUUAUUGAACAAGAUGAAUUCUGGUCUGCCUACUUUGGCAUGAAAGCUGAGGAAGUUCGCCAGAAGUUUUUCAUUCGCACACAGCAAAGCACAGAUAACAGUGGAGACCACAGUGAUGUGGCCAGGUAUGAUAGAAAUAAAACAGAAUGUGAUAGUGACAAUAUAACCAUCCAUGAGAAUGUGGCAGCUAGUUGUUAUUCUAAAAGUGAUUCCAAGGAAGAAAGUGUGUCAAGUAGAAAAGCUGAGAACUUGAUGAUAGAGAGUACAGAAUUUGGUGAAACUAUUGGUGAUCAUUCAGAAAGCUCAGAGGAAAAAGAGUGUAUUGAAGAACAAGUGGAAGGAGAGACAGAGAAUGUAAGAUAUGAGGAAAGUGACAAAGAUCUUGCUGGUGAGCACAUAGACAAGGCAGCCACAGGUCACCAGAGGGAUGAUGAGCGGGGGGAUGCUUCGGGAGAUGAGACAGAAGAAACAAAUGAGGAGAGCAUCAGCUGUGAGCCCGAGGCAGAGCAGCGUGUUGGUGAUGAAGUGUUGAUAAGAGAGAAUGGUCAUAUGGAAACUGAGGAAAGCAUAACCCUCCAAGGACCUGCCAAUGAGAGUUCUUCUGCUAGCGAGUCCUUCCCUUCAGAGAGGGGCAAUGAAGGGACCAUCCAGCCCUCCAGCCAUUACUCCAUGCCUAGAGGGAGACAGGAGGCAGCCGAUGGUUUAGGGAAGGUGAAAGACAAGUUGUCACAGCUCAGGGAAUCUCUGGCAUUCACUUCACAACAUUCACAAGAAAGUGGCUGGAAGCCAGUCAGUGCUGACACUCUGAUUGAGAAGUACAUAGGGCUGGGGGAGCUGUGGGCGGCAGUGACAGAGGUGCUGCAGACAAGCACAGAGUUCCAGGUGUUCUUGGCGGGGUCUGCCGUGCGCUCCCUGGCCGCCCCUAUGCUGGUUAACAUCACGCAGGACCUUGCCCGCUCCUCCUCAGGAACAGUGGGUAUGUCUAGUGUUGUGGUGGGACAGCUGCCAGUGACCUUCUCCCUCAUGCAGUCCCUCCUCACCUUCAUCAUUGUGACCUACCCUUAUGCAGGCCUGCAUGUGGAGACUCUCCUGAAUGAGCUGCGGUCGCCUCUGCUGCACUACUCCCCCAGCACCUGUGGGGACGUGAAGCACCUGGUGUCUGUCAUGCUUCAGUGCUGUGUCUUCUCCAGCUCCCCCAGCCUCACCUACACCCUGCCACACCCUCCACAGCAUACAGUGGAGUUAAUGGAGGAGGAACCUGGACCAGCUGGGGAAGGGGUGGACAGCCAGGCAACUGAGAUGGACGGGUACGAGGCUGACACAGAACAGCUGGCUAACACUUCACCCUCGUCCUCCAAGUUUUUAAGUGAGGAGGAUGACUUGGAGUGCCCGGAGCUUGUCCUCUUGGCACUUGACCUCAUCAUCAACCACCAUGAGAAGUACCUGGAGUCACGGGAAGAGGCAAGGCAGGAGGCAGCAGUUCGAUGUGAUGGUCACCAAGAUACCCCAACAGAACCCAGGGACCAGCAGGAAUCCAGGGACCAAGCAGCAUCAGGCACUAAUGCUGAAUGUGAAGAUCAACACCUUUUUGAAGACCAGCCUGAAGCUGACAGAUGGGUUGCGGGUUACCCAGAAAAUGGAGAACAUUCCAGGGGUGUUAAAGGCGCAUCAGGGAGGUGGAGAGCCCAUAGAAAUGGCAGAGAGGUAGCACCAUUAGGGACCAAGAGAAAUACUGCCACAGAUGCCAUAAAAGGUAUAAGAAAACGGUCACCAGGUCAGAACAGUUCUACAGCAGAUAGCAUUUCCUCGACCUCCUCUGUAUACCACACCCUCAACUCUGAUGAGGAAACAACCUCCAGCCUUGGGGAGCAGGCAUCUGACUGGGAGGACCAUGCCUGGCUGGCAGACCACAAACUGGAGGGUAGCAGGGAGACGGUAAUCAACAAGCAGUCAUUGCAAAACUCUGUACCUGAAGGUGAGGCAGGCAGCAGACCUCAGAAAGCAGACACUGGAUCUCACCACCACUUUGAAACAAAUAAGAAGUGCAGGUCUCCAGCAGAGAAGCAGCAGGGUUCAGGCACCUCCCCUGUGGUUAGCCUGUGCUGUGAGAGUGAGGCGAUUCACAGCGCCUCCAUCACACAGUGCAUCCACGCCCUCCUGUUGCUGUGUCGCUCCUCGGCCACCAUCUGCCGGCGACUCCAUGCCCUGGGGCUGCUCUCCCGGCUUCUGGACGGCUUCAGUGACCUCAUCUGUGCCAAUGACGCCACCUAUGAGGAUGUGGUGGGCACCGUGGUGGGGGUGUGGGCUGAGGUGGGGCGGUGGUGCCUCGCCCCCACUGAGCUCUCACAGUUCUUCACCCUGUUCAAGUCCUCCUCAGCUCCCCUAGAAAUCCUUUUGCGUGCGCUGUCCCGAGUGUUGGAGGGGAGUGGCAGCGAGCCCCAGUGUGCCCUUCAGUACCCCUGCCAUGUCGUCACCACCUCCUCCACCUCACCCACCUUCACUGCUUCACACAACUCUCUCUCAGAGAGCCUGGCAUCAUUUGUCAACAUUCGGGCACCGGCUUCCCCUAUGGUGGAGGCCAUCACCAGGCUGCACGAGAGUCACUGCAGGCAUGGAAUACUGUCAUGUGUCUCGAUUUGCUGUGUGGCUUGUCCAGUGCCUCGCUCCCUGGACUGGUCUCCCUAUAACUCUGGCCUGGCCUGCACCACCUGGCUUUGUGUGCGAGACAAGUCUGGGUUGGAAACAAAGCAGCAGUACUCGUCUCAGUCCAGCUUGGUGAUGAGCUGCCGAUCAGAGGCUUUCUUCGACCCGGGAGCAACAAGGUGUAGCUUCUCCCGAGGAGGAGCAACAUCCACUGCCUCAGUGAGUAGCGACCUCAACCCCAGCAAGCUACAUGUAUUGUCUGUUGGAACACAGCACCUCAUGUUCUCACUCUGGCUGGAUCCUGCCAAAGACAUCCUACAAGUGUGUGUGUCCCGGGAGGUGGACCGUGAGAGCUCCCAGCUGAGCCAGGGUGUUGUGAUGAGGGCUGGGCUGUGUGACGGAGCCUGGCACCACCUGGCACUCUGCAUCCCUACCAUCAAUGUUAGGAGAGGCGGCAAUCUCAAGAUAACCAUCUUUGUGGAUUCAUUAACCUGCCAUCUGGUGAGUGUGUUGGUGCCAGCAGUGGGAUCCAUCAAGAAGAGCUCCCCCUCUUACCUUCUGCUGGGCCACACUGACUUCUUCUGUGAGGACAUGCAGCCAUCAUGUCACAUAGUUGAUGAAUUUGAAGCGCAUGGGUUCAGCAAGCCAAGGAGAGACAGCCUUCCUGGCAGCCACCACUACCAGCUGCUCAUGGGCAACACCUUCCUCUUCCGGGAACCAAUCCUGAGCAGGGAGUCAUGCCUGUACCUCAUUGCCCUUGGGAAGGACACCACCAGCCUCAUUCCCCUUACAGACAAAGAUGAGAGGGUGGUCAUGCCACCUUUCAUCACCCCAAAGCUACUCUCAGCAGGGAUGGACCUCUCCGUGCUCUAUGGACACAUGGAGGUGGUGGUGAGGCCAGCACAGGAGUCCAUCUUGGUGCUCUACACAACCCAGCAUCCCUCGGACUACCUCUGUUACAAGCCACACGUUCCCUCACUCCAAGACACAGGCAACCAUUACCCAUUGUGCAGCUGCCAGCCUGCUGUGUUGUUUGGAGAGGUGACACCCCUGCAGCACCGUGGGCCAGACCUGGCACUGCUGCACAUGGGUGGCAUUGCCCACAUUGUCUUUUUGUUUGCACGACUUGUGGAACUGGGGAGUGAUGAACGUGAGCAGGCAGCCGCCCUGCGUUUACUCACACACUGCAUCCACUCCUCCCCGCAACUGGCAGCUCAGUAUGAAGGUGUGCGAGGCAGCUCCCUAGUGUUCCGCAUUCUGCGCUCACCACUCUCCUGUCCGGGGGUGCAGGUGAUGAAGGCACUGCUGGACGGCUGCACCUCACCCAGUGUGGUGCAGUACAUUGCCUGCCGAGACGUGUACACAGUUGGUGGUCAUGUCCCUGCCCUGCUGACAGACCGUGCCCUCCUCAGUUCCAUCCUCACCAAUUGGAGGACCUUCCUGGAAAACUUCUCUAAAGACCAAUCUACCAAAUACUGUGUGAAUGAAAAAGGAGAGCGGAUGACUGUCAUUGGCAUCAUCCUGUCUGUCCUGAAGGUAUUGCUGGCUGAGAACCAGCCCUACAGAGACUUCAAUAUAGCUCAGCUCAGGGAUAUAGAUGCACUUGAUAAAAUCCUCUUCAUGUGCAAGGAGCUGGAACUGACAACUGGUUCCCUGGACAGCAUCUGCUCUGCCAACCUGGUGGUGGCGGUGGUGGCAGGCUUGGUGGGGGCAUCCUCAUCACCUCCCUGGAGGAAUUCUCCGUCUGUGGCUGCCUUGGCACUCGCCGCCCAAGAGUCAUACUCCUCAGGAUUUUCCUCAAGAACAUCUGGUGCUGGCCUGCCUGUGAAUGUGAACCCUCUUGGUCUCACCUCAUAUGGCCUUGGAUCUCCAUCAGUGAGGGUGAGGGACGUGGCAGCAGUGUAUGGAUUCCUGCUGCUGGUCCAUCCAGCUCACCUCACGUAUGCUGCCACAGAGCGCCAUACUGCCUACUACCUCCCUCACAUUCCUGUUAACCUCACCUCCUCUAGCAAGAGAAAUGGCUCCUCUGUGGCUGUGGGUGUGGACUUGGCAGCAGAGCUCAUGGAUCGGCCUGAGAAACCACAAAUCUUGCAGCAGUUCCAGGCUGGUGAGUGGCAAGUCAUUGAGAACAGCGACCCACUGAUGCAGCUAAAAAGAAUACGACAGCAGCAGCAAGCAGAGAUCAGGAAGCUCAGGAGAGAAGGUUCAAUUGCCAGGAGUGCUUACUACAGUUCAGAGGAUGAGGAUAGUUCUGGGGAGGGACACAGCAGCAGCACUGACAAAAAGGAUUCUUCAGUAUUCAAUAGUGAGGAUCAAGUGGACAGUGCAGCACUACAGCGGAGACCCAUCAUUCCACAUGUGGUUGUGUCCCCUGGCAAGGGCGAGGAGCAUGCUGCCAGGAGUCCUGAAAGGAAGAGUGAGAGGGACACCCCAGAGAACCUGUCUGCCACUGAAGAUGAUGUAAUAGAAAAUGAUCGAGAGACCAGCCACAGUGAAGAUGAGCAGCCCCCAAACAAUGAACAGGCAGGUGAAAGCAAUGCACUGCCCAGGAUAACAAAGUGGGCAGAGGACCCUGGAGAGACAGAAGAGGAGGACAGUGGUGAUGAGGAGGAAAGCACUGCUACUGCCAGCUUGUCCUGCCUCACACGAGUGGUGGUGGGUCUUCUGGAGACACUGGAGGAGGUGUUGCGCUGUGCCUCUGACACCGCUGCCCGCACACUGCUUGCUGAGGCCAUGCACAUGGACCAGACCCUCAUCAUGGCCAACCACCCUCAUCCUGUCAUUAGGCAGGCUGUCCUCAAGCUCUUCACCACCAUGAUGGACAGGUGUUCUCCUGAGGACAACGUUCUACACCUACGUCAGAAUGUUCCUCUCAUCAUGGGCCAGCAGCUGCACAAACAUGCCACCUCCAUCUCCUCCCAGCUAGUGAUGGCAGCAUUCUCCCUUGCUUUGAGCCGCUCCUUCACCUUUGAGGACUAUGCUGUUGACUGUGAUCCCUCCCUUGCUCUCCAACAUAAGGUGGUGUUGUUCAUUCCUCUCCUUGCUCUGCUGCCUAACUCAGCCCAGGACAUAGCUCUCUGCCACAACACACUCAUGGUCCUGCUGGAUUUGCUGCAUAAGAACACAGAGCUCAUCAUUCCACUGAUCCACAAGGCAUACUUUGUAGACUCCCUCCUGUGCACCCUGAAGAGCUCCCUGCACACUGAGGGGGUUGGGGUGAGUGACCUCACUGGAGAGAGUGAGUGUGAAGUUGUGGUGUCAGACAUCACUGAGAUUCUCUCCUGGAUUGUGAACUGCCUUGUGGCUUCAACACAACACAAAAACUUCCUGCUGAGCCUGGAGGUGCUGCACCAUCUCAACCUUCUGUGCCGAGGUGAGUCAGCUGUGUGUGGGGGUCAGGCCAGCUGUGUGGGUCACCUGCAGGGCACUGAGGCUGCCCUGUUACAGGUAGCACUCUCCCGCAUCCAGGCCACGGCAUCAACCCACCAACACGCCCUCACCUGUGACGCUGCUGCUGCUGCUGCUGGCCCCUUUAAGUUGGAGAAGACCAGCAUGACAGGGUCUAGCAGCCUGCACAAUAUGAAGCUGGCAUCCCCUGGCACCCCACGAGAGGAGAGUGACUCAGGGGUGGGCUCUGUGCUGGCUAACUACACCACCAUUCCCUUCACUAAGAGCUUGCAUAACAUAUCGGAUCAGUUAUUCCUGAGCCAGAGCCGCAGCUCCCCAGCGCUGGGCUCAGAGGGCUCUAGGAAGGAUGACAAGGUGUUGGCUCACUCAGAGUUGGUUGACAGGUUCAAGGUUCUCAUACAAAAAGCUACAGACUUCCUGUUCAUGUCAGCCUGGUCAUCGGUGGAGUCUGUGGCAUGUGCCCUGCCCUCAGCUUCUGCCUCUGAGAACUUCAGCCUCUUCCUGCUUGAGUUGCUACUGUCUGCUGCUGCCACCAUCACUCAGCGCAAAGGCAACAGUGAGCGAUGUGGGUGGGAGCGUGUGUUGUGGGGCUGCCAGGACACACUCCGUCUUCAUCUCAACCAUCUGCUGGCACUGGUGACCUCGCCCCGCACUCACCUGCAGACCCGUGUCAGGGCAGCACAGGCCCUCUCCAAGCACCCCAGACUUCAUGCCAUCAUCAACUGUACUGCCAAGGCAAACCCACAGCUCAUGUACAAAGUGGGAAUCUUCAUACAUGAGCUUCGCUACCAAAACGAAAGCCGACUUGAUGCCCCAGCAACCCGCUGCUGUGAGUCACUCCUGCAGGUGCUGGAGGAGUGCUCAGUGCAAGUCCUCCCUCCUCCUGAGACUUUCCCACCACAUGGAGCCAUGAGGGAGUGGAGUGUUGUGACAGAGGAGAAGAAGCAUUGGCAGGAUGAGUCUGCCAAGAUUGCAAUUCUUGUGGUGGAUCGCUGCACCAAACAGGAUGAAAGGUUGAUGACCAAGAACACUCAGGUGUAUGAGGCGGUGGCCCAGGAGUGCAGCCGCCUCACCCGCAGCGUGGUGGAUCGGCAGAAUGUGGAGCGCAAGCUGGUGCUGGGUGGCAUCAAGCACACCCAGUGCCACCAUGUGCAUCUCACCCACCGCUGGAGGGACCUGCUGGAGACCCUCACACAUGAGCGAGCCACUUGGCACUUCCAACAUUCCUACCCAAGAUCUUGGCAGCUUGACCAAACAGAGGGGCCACUCAGGAUCCGAAAGAGGCUUUCCCGAGGACGCCUCCUCAUCCACAGCCGCUACCUUGUGCCAGAGUACCGCCAAAAGAUUGAGAUUGAGAGUCAGCCAUCCCCCUUGAGAGUGUCCUCCAGGGCUCAGCGACAGAGUCUGAGAUGGCGGUGAUGAUUGCGCGGCUGAACGUAAGUGAGCGCAUCAUCCACAUGAGCAGUGCCUCGGUGGUUUCGCCUGGCAUGGAGCAGUGUGGGGAGAUCCUGGUCAGCCGCACUGCCAUGUACUUUGUGGGGGAGCAGGUGACCAUUGACAUGAACCA